AUGUCUUCUCAAUCUGUUGAACUGUCCAACAGAGGCAUGUGCAAUCCUGUUAUCUCAUGCAAGCACCUAUAUGGCAGAGUCUGCACCUAUGGCACUUCCACCGCAUUUGCUGAAGAGGCUUUCUGUCAGAAGCAAAUCCUUCCAGGCCAUGUUCCGCGGCAUUCUGUGAAAGUCUGGAACAAUCGUUUGACGAUUACUCCGUCGAGCUUUGUCUUGAUGAUGAAGUUCAUAGACUUGCAGCAUGCGGAGAAACUGCCGAGCCUCCGGUACAAGCUCCCAAAGGACUCGAUGCUUGAGGCUGCGCAGAUGGCAGCCUUGGUCCUGUCAGUCACUGAUGACCUGAAGGAGAAGCACGGAGUUUCUUCGGACAAAGUGGUUGCCUCCUUUCUCACAGAUGACCGUCACCUGGUUGGUGAGUUGCAUGUUGCUCUGCAUGAGAAGUCAAGUACAUGGGAGAUCAGUCAGCUCAGUGUCGUCAAGCAGAUCUUGCAGCAGCACAACAUGCAGGUGGACAAGACCCAUCCACAGUCGGAGCGAGCCGUCCGAGCAGCCGAAUUGGAGAAGGAAGAGUUCAGUUUGAUGCUUGCAACAUGGGAGUUGCUUGCCUGUGAUAAGCGGGACUUGCAUGCAUACACCGCUUGGGUGACCAAGUGUGAGGACCGGGAAUCGGCCAGGUACCAUGCUUCAGUACAGCACAAGCUGCUGCGCCAGCAGACGUGCCACCGCCAGAUCCAUGACUUGUUCUGCAGUGGUUCAUCCCAGAUGGGCUGGCUUCACACCUCAGGCACGGCAUCUGCGAUGCUGGCUUCUGUGACUGCUUGCAUCGAUGCUGUCUCGAGCAAGCACCAGAUAAAGCAUGGAGAAGUGGUCGUUUUGCCGAUCCUGAACUGGGGAGCACCAUCCCUCAUCAAGUCUGACGAUAUGAAGUCCCAAGCUCAGGUUUUGGCUGCACUUUUGCACAGCCAUGGGCAGGAUGAGGGCACAGCCGCGGCGGUGAUCCUCACACCGGCCUUCUCUUACACCCGUGGCGGGUUGUACAAACAACUCGAAACGCAGCACAGUCUGCUAGCGAAUUGCCGUGUUAAUUUCGACACGUCAUUUUGCCUCCCCUAUGCGGAGCGGACAGAUGAAAGGGACCAGAGGCCAAUUCCUUAG